UUUACACACACAUAGAUACAGAAAUAUACAGCACAGCAGCAUAAUCACAGUCUAUGUUAUUCUUAGCUACCCUUCAAUGGAACCCAAAAUCAUCUUCGAAAUUGUUGCACAAGACCCACUUUUCUCCGCCGCCUCCGCCGCCGCGAACUCCGGCGGAUCAACGUCGCAGGAGAGUUCACAAAGCAGCAGCAGCAAUAAACGCCGGCAGGACUGCUGCUCGGCGCAGAAAAUUCAAGGGCAGAAGUCCGGCAACGAAGAUGCCAACAAGCGGCGGAGGUGCGGCGGCGGCGCCGCCGGCGACAAGCAUCCGAUGUUUCGCGGCGUGCGGCGGCGGAAUUGGGGAAAAUGGGUAUGCGAAAUUCGGGAGCCGAGGAAGAAGUCGAGAAUAUGGCUGGGGACGUAUCCCACCGCCGAGAUGGCGGCGCGUGCCCACGACGUGGCGGCGCUAGCCAUCAAGGGCGAGUCGGCUUACCUCAAUUUCCCUCACUUGGUUCACGACCUCCCCCGACCGGCUUCCACCGCCCCCAAGGACAUUCAAGCCGCCGCCGCUAAAGCCGCCGCCGCCACGUUCCCCGGCGGCUUGCCGGAAUCUUCUUUAUCUUCCAAUUCGGCGGCUCACGAGGACGACACAUUCUUCGACUUGCCGGAUCUGUCCGUCAGCGGCGCCGAUCAUAGCUACGAGUAUUUUUACCACGCGCCGUCGUGGCAGAUCGCCGACGUCGGACUCCGGCUCGAGGAUCCGUUCAUGUCGCCGGACUGCACCUCAUUGACUGAAGCGUCGUUUCUUUAAAGUCGCAUUUUCCGGAAACUGAAGUCGCUGACCGCAAUAACGCUUCUUGGAGGUCCAUGGGAAUCUGCUCCCAGCGCGGGUCCACCUGUGGAUAGAAGGGUGUUGGAUCUCUGCUCCCGGGAGCUCCAAAAAGCACACAGAUUUUUGACUCGAUAGAUAUAUUUUUAUGUAUACUGUUGUUGGAUGCUUUCUUGAAGUUGUUAAUUAGUGCUGUCGUCAAAUUCGACCACUUUUUUUUUUUUUAAAAAAAAUAU